GACACCAGGCCAGACGCGGACUUUACAACCAGCAGAGUGAAGGUGUCGUCACGGCCGGAGUUUGGACAAAGUUCCCGUCAACUUGACUGAUCUGUGGCAGUAAACACAGGAAUUAUUGGUUUAGUUUGUUUUUUUUAAAAGAAGAAAAAUAUACGUUUUUAGUCAGAUAUUUCUUCUGUGUUCACUUCCUCUCUUCGCUGCGUGAGGGCGCGCGUGAGUUCUUCCUGAAAACACCUGCGCCGCUCAGGUAAAGUCACCGAUGAAGAAGGGCGAAGUUUCUGGAAAAUGUCUGUAGGAAAAGGUUUAUAACACACUGUCUUCAAACCUGUCCCGUCACCAACCAGUCCAUCUGAAGACGUCCAUCUGAAGACGUCCACCUGAAGACGUCCACCUGAAGACGUCCACCUGAAGGCGUCCACCUGGAAAUAAGGGAUGUGUUCGAGUCGAGGAAUAUGUCGAGGCAACGGCAACCAAUCCAACAGGUCCUCCAGCGGAGAGAACGUGAGUUCGGGCGCCCACUACGCUCUGUGUGCCCUGGGCGUCGGACUGAUCGCCCUGGGUGUCGUGAUGAUUGUGUGGACUGUGAUACCCAUGGAUGGAGAGGCCACCGCUGGCUCCAAGCCUCAGCCAGGAAACUCCACCACAGGAUCAGAGGACGGAGGUGGUGACGAAGAGGAGUCCGACCACACCAAGUCUUCAUCCGUGGCCAUGGUGCUGAUUGGAGUGGGGGCGGCCAUGUUGCUCCUGUCCAUCUGCCUCGGGGUGAGGAGCAAAAGGAUGGCACGGAACAGACGAAGCCAGGCCGUGGCCACCAGUGUCCCGUUCACGGACCAGGUGUCGAGGGAUCCUGAGGAAACUUCAGAUUCAAAUGCCUACAACGUGCCCAGCUACGAGGAGGUUGUUGGCAGCGACACCUACCCCGUACGUGACAGUAACCUGCGCCACAGCACCUCCCAGCUGCCGUCCUACGAGGACAUCAUCGCUGCUGUGGAAAACGAGGGAAGCGAACCCAUGAGCAACGCCACCGAGGACACCCCUCUGAACCAAACUGCCCCGGCGCCGGCGCAGCCUCCAGACCAGACCCAGAGCGACCGUCCAGGUCUUGCACCAAAGGCCAGUCUUCCCACUCGCAGCAGCAGCCGGGCCAGCCGUUUACUGCGCCCCCUGCGGGUCAGGAGGAUCAAGUCUGACAAACUGCACCUGAAGGACUUCCGUCUCCAAAUCCGCAGCCCGACACAGAACCCCGUCAACAUAGAACCCAUCACACCGCCACCACAGUAUGACACUAAAAUGCCAGAAUUACAGUAAGAACACAGGUAAAAAUCUGUUUUAUUUCUCAUUAACUGAAGUAAUUCAUUGACCACAGUCCAAUAACUGUUGAACUGUGUCUGUGUCUGUGAUGUCUGUGAUGUCUGUGAUGUCUGUGAUGUCUGUGAUGUCUGUGACUAAUGGGUGAAAAGGGAAAUGUGUUUCUUCAGAGGUUUUUUAUGGGGAAAAAAAAGAAUCGUGUGCCGUAUGUCCAUAUGUCUCCUGUUCAUUUUAAAUGAAGAAAACACAGAUUUUUACUGUGUUAAAAGUACAUUUUUGAAAAAGACACAGAAGUUAUAAUAUUUUUAAACCCAAAAACAACACCGUGGUGCCUUUUCUAUGACAGAUUUUAUAAAAAUAAAGCUUUGAUAUUUUAUAUUUUGAGGUACGUUUUAAAGAUGACAAUUCACUUUACAUUUUAUUCCACAUGUUAUGUUUUAUAUCACAACAGUCAACGUUGAAUACACCUAGAUUAAAAUUAAACCACUCAUUUUUUAUAAAAUUAAUCACUUAAAUGCACAAAACGCUCAUGGCUGUAUUUCUGUUUUUUAUUUUGUUUGUGUCAUUUUCUUAUUUGUAUGAUGUCAGGUUUUAUAGCAGUAUAUUUAUUUUACAGGAGAUCAAUAUUUGUACAUCCAGUAAAUAAAAUUUAACUGUUA